CCUCAAUCUCCCCAUCGCCCCUCCCACUCCGCAGACGAUGACCGACGCACCUUCGGUACAGCAAAGUCGUCCUCGACCUACUCUCAUCGUCGUCAUGGGUGUGUCAGGCUCGGGCAAGUCGACGCUCGGUGCAGGUCUAGCCAAGGCGAUCUCAAGACCGUUUCUUGAUGGAGACGACCUUCAUCCCAAGGCCAACGUCGACAAGAUGUCUAGAGGACAAGCUCUGGAAGACAAAGACCGCUUCCCCUGGCUUGCUAUAAUACGGAACAGGGCCGAGAAAGCCUGUGCAGACCAGAUGCACGCUGGGCAACUGAAGGAAGGCGACCGACCAGGCGUCGUGGUCGUCUGCUCUGCCUUGAAGAAGACGUACCGUGAUAUCUUGCGAGGACAACCGCCUCCCACUGCGCACGUACCACCGCACGAAGAGACAAACGAGACGCAUACAAACGGUGCACACGACCCACCCUCACCUUCCCUCCAGACGUACUUUGUCUUUCUCGACGGAAGCGACAAAGUGCUUCAAGAUCGUAUGGCAGCGAGAAAGGGACAUUUCAUGAAGGCGGGAAUGCUCAAGAGUCAGCUGGCGACUCUGGAGCGACCGCAGAACGAGGAAGGUGUUGCUGUUGUGAACGUCGACACAACACCUGAAGAGAUGCUAGCGUUGGCUCGGAAAGUGGUGAAAGAGAUGGUUGGAUUGUAGGAGACGUGAUUAAUAGAAGGUAUAAG